AUGCUUCUGCCUACACUCAUCGGCGCCGCUGGCCUUUUGGCCACGGCUGUCGAGGCCGCUCCGCGGGGCACUUGGUUCCACAAGCUUCGACGAGAUGACCAAGAAUCGCAGGGUUCUGCAGCAAGAAUGGCUGCUCGAUCUGAUUCUCAGGCUCCCAACUAUGCAAAUGCUUACAGCCAGCCUGAUGUCUACACUCCUGGCGCCAAGUACGCCUCUCCUGACACAUACACCAAGGUCGACUCUCAAUAUGCUGCUCCCAAAAACACAUCCACUUCGACCGUCAACUCCAAGACUCUCAAGUCGGAUAUUGAGUGCCCUACCGGCGGUAUCUACGUCUCAACUACGACUCUCGACCUGACUGUCACCGUCACUGCCUCUUCAAAUAUGUCUUACACCAUCUGCCGCGACUGCACCCAGACCGUCACCCGCAACGGUACCGUUUAUCUGCCUGGUGGCAAGUAUGUUUCUACGCUAUCAUACGACAAGGAGACCAAUGCUGCGUACCCGAUUGCCGAGACCACGAACCGUGGCGGCGAGUAUAACACUGGCUCUCCUUACCAUCCUAUCAACGCGACCUAUCUCCCACCAAAGACAAAAGAUGUCGAAGACCCUGAUGAAACUGAAUCCUGCACGGAUGAUUUCCCUUACAUGAACUUGACUAUCGCCGCUCCUAUGUAUACUACGCCCGUUGACAAACACGUCUCCGCGAGUGGCUACCAGUCUGCCAUCUACAACACUCCCAGCGGUUACAAAUCUGAUGCUCCCGUCUAUACCAGACCAGCCUACGCCAAGCCCGUGUACCCUGAGCCCGGUCACAGCAACUCUUCGAUCGAGACUCCGGCCUACACUAAGCCUGUGUAUACAAAGCCCGUCUACCCCCGCCCUUCUGGCUCUGGUAACUCUACCAUCCUGCCCCCGGUUUACACUAAGCCUUCUUACCCUGAUCCAUCUGGCAACUCGAGCACCCCUCCUGCGUAUACUAAGCCCGUUUAUACGAAGCCUGUCUACCCAGAGCCCAACAACUCGAGUAUCGUGCCCACCGUCUACACCCCACCAGUCUACACCAAGCCUGCCUACACUGAGCCUGUGAUCCCUGGCAACUCGUCGGCUACUCCUCCCGUCUACACAAAGUCCGCCGAUCCCUCCGUGUACACGCCUCCUGUCUACACUAAGCCGGUGUACCCUGAAACUCCGGUUCCUGGCAACUCUUCGACGGCCUCUACCAAGUCUGCUGACCCGACUGUUUAUACACCUCCCGUCUAUACCAAGCCAGUGUACCCUCACCCUGUGACUCCUGGUAACUCCUCUACCGGCGAGGCCCCGGUUUAUACCCCGCCCGCCAACACCAAGCCCGUCUACUCGAACCCCGUGGUCCCCGGUAACUCGUCCACAGUCUCUCCUGUGUUUACCACUCCUGUUGAUCCGUCGGUGUACACGCCUCCCGCCUACACCAAGCCAGCUUACUCGGAGCCCAUCAUUCCUGGAAACUCUUCCACCAACGAUGAUCCCAUCUACACUCCCCCGGUCAACACCAAGCCAGCUUACCCCGGGUCCGUUAUUUCCAGCAGCUCGUCUACCAACGAGGCUCCCGUUUACACACCCGUCAACACCACACCUGUUUACUCUGACCCUGUCGCCUCUGGAAACUCUUCAAUGACUCCUCCGGUCUACACCAAGCCAGUCGAGACUCCCGUCUACUCAAAGCCUGUCACCACGAAGCCUGUUGAUACGCCUGUUUACUCGCCCCCGGUUUACACCAAGCCCAUCUUCUCCAGCGAGUCUUCAGAUGCUUAUCCCCUUCCAUCCCCUCCUAGCAACUCGACGAUUCCUCCCGUGCUCCCUGUUUCUUCCAGCGAUUCGUCGUCUGCUGUUGACCCGACCUUCACUCCUGAAGCCUCGACCUCGCAGGGUAGCUCUGUCUCUGUCUCGACUACCUUUGACCCAGCGUCCACCUCGAUUGAGCCAACAACCCUCCCCGUGACGCCUUUCCUGACAACCACGACUUCAAUCGAGUCCUCGACCACUGAGCCAUGCAUCAUCGACACCUCCAUGGUCCCCAUCUCAUCAUCUUAUCUCAACACCACGGCCACCACAUCGAGUGCCCCCACAGAAACCAUCUGCGAGGAUGAUGCCGAGAACGGUGCUCCCAGGAGCAACACUGCCUACUGUGGUGUCAAGGGUAAGGCUACGGGAAUGAACUUCCUCGCCGAGUUUAGCGAAGACAGCUACGGCAUGCCCGUCACCCUCGAAGGCUGCUACCAGUUCUGCAAGCUUGACCUGCCAUCCACCCGCGGCUGCGAAGCCUACCGCUUCUACCACAACGGCAGCGGCGCUCCCCGCUGUGCCGUCUACGGCCUACCCGUCUACAAAGACAUCCGCGAGAUCGACUCGACAGUCGAAGACGUCUGGUACGACAUCAGCUGCGGUUCCCCCUCCAAGUACCAAGACGACACCAAGACCGACAACCAGUCGAGCGGAAUAGGGGCAUCCCUCAAGCUUGGUCUCGGCCUGAAUUACUAA